CGGUGUUACUGUGUUACCCGGCGAUCGACGUGCUCCGGGAUGUCGCUCUGCUACUCUGGCCUGGGCGCCGGGGUUACACCGGCAUCAUGGCUCUGGGACGCUGAUGUACGCUCUAUGCUCUCCGGGACGCCUGCAAGAUUUCACCGGCAUCGGUCAUGGGUUUGUCGCAGAGCUCAGAAGCUCCGGCCGGGGGUACGGAUGGAUAUCACGUACACGGGAUACAGGAGAACUCGCCUGCAGAGAGAGCCGGUUUAGAGCCGUUUUUCGACUUCAUAAUAUCAAUUGGGAAUACCAGACUGAAUCAUGAGAACGACAUGCUGAAGGACCUGCUGAAGGCCAACGUGGAGAAGCCGGUGAAGAUGGAGGUCUACAGCAUUAAGACCACCAGGGUCCGUGAGCUGGAGGUGGUGCCCAGUAACAUGUGGGGCGGCCAGGGCCUGCUUGGGGCCAGCGUCCGCUUCUGCAGUUUCCAGGGAGCCAAUGAAAACGUCUGGCACGUCCUGGACGUGGAAGCGAAUUCCCCGGCUGCCCUGGCAGGAUUUCAGGCCCACACGGACUACAUCGUCGGAGCCGACCAAGUCUUGCAGGACUCCGAGGACUUCUUCUCCCUUGUCAAGUUCUACGAGGGGAAAGCCCUGAAACUGUUGGUGUACAGCACAGAGACAGACUGCUGCAGGGAGGUGGUGGUCACGCCCAACGGAGCCUGGGGUGGAGAGGGAAGUCUAGGGUGCGGGAUUGGAUACGGAUACUUGCAUCGCAUUCCGGGCCGUCCUGGUACUGCGAAUACUGGGAAAUCCACUCCUACUCCCCCUCCUCCUCCUGCUUUUGAAGGAAACUCCUCCAUGGAUCUGCCCCCCAGUGGAUAUACUGAGGUUUCCCUGAUGGAUGCCCCGGUACAGGUGCCAAGGGUGCCAGCCCUGGAGGAAAUGGGCUUCCCAGAGGGUAUCCUGGAUGCCCAUAUGCCCCCCCCACUUCAGAGGAUUAUGGAUCCAGGAAUCGUUUCGUCCCCUGCAAGUUUCACCAGUCCGUCGGAGUUUACUGUCACGGAGCUGAAUGACAUGACCGACAGGUUGGACCUGUCGGUGUCCUUGGUCGACGUGUCCAGCACAGCUCUGCUCGUGGAUGACGAUGAAGGCGGGAACAUCUCUGGCAUUGAAGAGUUGGUAGACAGUACGUCGGCCUUGCCGGAACCUCCAGAGGGCGUGGCAGAGCAAGCAGAAGACCCCGCCCUCCUGCAAACUGAUUUGUCCCUGCUGGACACACAUGCUCCUGAACAGACUGAGGUAUCGGCACCAUCUGAUCUGGCUGACCCAGACACCGAGGGCUCUGGAGACCACGAACAGACCGCGGACUCGGAUCUGCGGUAAGCAGGUGUGUGGUCACUGCCAAGCCGCGGUCAGUCUGUGGAGCUUCUUGGAUGGAGGGAGGAGCGUGACGUGUUGAUUACGUGUCAAAGAUCCCAAAAAAUUGUGCUUGGCUUUGGGGUGAAGGGCAAGUUACAUGAUUUUAUGCAGGUUGUUACAUUUGACAAAGCAAAUGUUAUUGUGAUGGGAAAAACUACUAUUGUUUCUACAGUUUUUAUUCAGUAAUCAGUGAGCUAAAUAGUAACAAUUGGUGAUGAUUGCUCAUACCUUUUGAAUUUGAAUGUAAACACAAUUCAUGUGGUGAAAUCGCAUUUUUAAACAGCUUAACAUUAAUAUGGGGCUUUCAAGUUCUACAUGCCAGAUGUGUUCAUUUGCAUUAAUCUACUAGAAAUGAUCCAUUCGCCUCUCAUUUGUUAAAGUGCAAAAAUAGUGACUCUCAUUUGAGUUUCUCACGCCAGUAAGCCAAAGAUAGUAAUACUGGGGAACAAACUGAGUAGAUGAGCUCGUUUGAUCUCUAAUACGACUUUCUUAAUUUACUUGCACAAUUCCGGAUGGAAGUUUUCUACCUGAAAUCGUUUUUUAAUAUGGUCAUACGCUGAAUAAAAGCUGCAAGGUGUCAUGUUCUUCAAAAAAAAAAAAAACAUUUUCUUCGUAAACACUACACACAAACUAAAAGUGGUCCGCUUUUUGCCAAGUGCCGAACCGGUCGAGAUUUCUGCAUGACAUUCCGGCCAAGCGCACUUUCUGAUCUUUAUUUGUGAUGCACACGCUACUGCUAGAUGCCCACGUCGCUGAAUUAUGCAUAUCGCAGAUCCCGAAAUAUGCAAAGUUUAAAACGCUGUUCAGCAUUGCAGGGUGUCCUUACUGAAUUGUACAUCGCAUUGGCAACACCGAAGGUCAUUUUCACAUCUAUGCAAUUAGAUCAGAUGGACUGUAAGUUUGGUGUAAAUCUAUCAGCCAGCGCUGCUCAUAUUUUAUAUGGCAUUACUACUAAUGGUUGAUGUGUUUUUUUCUGUAGUCAUUUUAAUUUGCUGAUUUUAUUUUUUGCGUAAUUUAUAAUGGUUUUUUUAGACAUCAUUGUGUACGUAUGUGUGAAUUCAUGCAAAGGUGACUUUUUUUUUCCCUCAAAAAAAUGUUAAUCUUUCCUUUAAAUUGAAUUGUCAUUUUCACUCUCACUUGUUUGUGAAUGAAUUUUAAUGUAUGUCUGAAGGCUUUUAAAGAAAGCAAAUUAACACUGGAACUCGAAAGCGUGGGUCAGAUUUCUGUUUGUGUGCUAAAAUAAAAGGUUUCUAGUUUUCUGGGU